ACCACAAAAAAUAAACGUACCUUGUUGAUAAACGUGUUAUUUUAACAAUAUUCAUUCAAUAUUAUUAAGUUCAUGUUUAAAAAAAAAAUUUAAAAUUCUAAAAAUAUUCUAAUUUUACUCAAACCAAGUCGAUCGAUUAGGUUCACUUCCAAUCUUCAAGACGUCCAACACGAUCAUUUGUGUAUAGUGGAAACAUUGUCAGAAAGAAACUACGAAAUCGGAAAUGGAUGUUAUUAUCUUUAUGCUGUGACUGUGACAUUGAAGUUUUUUUUUAUACUAUAAACAGAAGGGAAUUCCCAAUUAGUGGCUGCGUGUCAUGAUGUCAACUCUUCAACUGUUACUCAUUGCUUUCGGACUACUAGCAUGUGUCACGAAUAAUGUCAAUGCUGCCACUAGACAAUCAAAAGUUCAAAAACCCAACAUUGUGAUUAUCCUGGUGGAUGAUAUGGGCAUUAACGAUGUGAGCUUUCACGGUUCAAAUCAGAUUUUAACUCCCAACAUUGAUGCACUCGCUUAUAACGGUGUAAUUCUUAAUCGACUCUAUGUGCCAAACAUGUGCACACCAUCACGUGCCACAUUGCUCACAGGAAAAUAUCCUAUUCACACAGGUACUCAACAUUCUGUCAUAAUUAAUGAUCAACCAUGGGGAUUACCGCUGGGUGAACGCACGAUGCCAGAAAUUUUUCGCGAUGCUGGUUACUCGACAAAUUUAAUUGGCAAAUGGCAUUUGGGUUUCUCGAAGAAGGCUUAUACGCCCACACUGAGAGGAUUCGAUAAUCAUGUUGGUUACUAUUCAGGAUAUAUAGAUUAUUAUGUCCAUGAUAUGGCUAUGCUGGAAAAGAAUUAUAGUCGAGGAUAUGACUUUAGAAAGAAUCUUGAUGUACACUAUGAAGGUCAAGGAUUAUAUGCUACUGAAUAUUUCACUGAGGAAGCUAUCAAAGUUGUAAAAGGACAUGACAAAAAUCAGCCAUUGUUCUUAUUAAUGAGUCAUUUGGCAGUGCAUACAGGAAAUGAGGAUAAUCCUAUGCAAGCACCACCUGAAGAAGUUGCUAAAUUUGGACACAUUAGUGAUCCGAAAAGGAGGACUUAUGCAGCAAUGAUGUCCAAACUUGAUGAGAGCGUUGGCAAGCUCAUUGGGGCUCUUGGUGACCGAAAAAUGCUUGACAACACAAUUGUUCUUUUUUAUUCCGAUAAUGGAGCACCUACUUUAGGAAUUCACAGCAAUGCUGGAUCAAAUUAUCCCUUCAGAGGUCAAAAACAAUCACCAUGGGAAGGUGGCAUUCGAUCAGCUGGAGCUAUAUGGAGUCCUCUAAUCAAAAAAACCAAACUAGUUUCACAUCAACUAAUUCAUUCGAUUGAUUGGCUUCCAACUCUAGCUGCUGCAGCUGGCAUUCGUCUUCCACCAACUAUAAAAAUUGAUGGAAUAAAUCUAUGGCACAGUCUUAUCCAUAACGAUCCACCAAAACCUCGAAGUUUCAUACACGUUUUGGAUGAUAUUGAUGGUUAUGUUUCAUAUCAACGAUCAAAUCUGAAAUAUGUCAAUGGAACUGAAUUCAUGCCAAAAUAUGGUUUUUGGCUAGGAGACAUCGAACAAACUCCCGAUCCAAGAUUAUCCCAAUACUCCGAAUUGGUUUUGGAAUCACAAGUUUCACAAGCUUUACAAAAUUCAAAAUUGUCAGCUAUUGAUAUUGAAGCACUUAGAAGUGAAGCAACUUAUAACUGCAAUACUCAUAAUAUUUCACCAUCACGCUUAGAAUCUUACACAUGUGACCCAGCGUUAUCUCCAUGUUUAUUCGAUAUCGAAAGAGAUCCAUGUGAAAUGUAUAAUAUUGCAGCGGAACAUCCUUUUUUGGUCAAAGAUUUAGAAGCUGAUGUUGAAUAUUAUCGAAAAGGAGCUGUUGCAGCUGCUUGGAUGCCAGGAGAUCCAAAAGGAAAUCCAGCAUUUUACAAUAACACUUGGACAUGGUGGCAGGAUAGAAAUAGCAGUUCAAGACCGUCACCUUUUUUAAGUCAUCCGAUGGUGAAUUUGACGAUAUCAUUUUUGUUAGCUGUGUUCAGUAAAUUGUGAUUUUUUUAAUGUAUUUUUGAUAGUGAUUUAAUAUAAGUGUUAACUAUUUUGA